UUUAGUAAGCAAGAGGAUGCAUUACGAAAAACGUUCUUUGUUCUUUAAAAUUCUGGCCUUCUUUUUUGGCCAGGUUGUUUUAAAUAAAGCUACAGAGCCUGCCCACGUAUCAUUUGAACCUCCGUCGAUUGAAACUGCCUACAACACAAGCUCCUCAUCCAUUCUUGUUGGCUGGAGAAACAAUCAGUCUUCAAGCAACCAUAUUUCAGGAUACAGAGUAAGCUACUGGGAAGGCAACUCGUCUCUAAGUAUCCAUAUAGUUCUCUGCCCUGAGUGGAAUUUAUCAACAAUUUUAACGAAUUUGAAACCGUUUACGAAUUACUGUUUAGAACUUUCCUCGUUCACAAAUACCACCGCUAGCAACAGAAGCCAAUGUCAGUACGUGACUACAGAUGAAGCAGCUCCAAACGCCUCACCUCAAAAUUUGACUGCUCGCUGGAUAAACCUUACAAGUAUUCGAGUCACAUGGGAUCCAUUACCCCCGAUAAAUAGGCGAGGAAUUAUAUUGGGAUACAGAGUAUUUUACAAGAAAGUGACGAACACAAAGCGAAAGAAAAGAAGUACGGACAGUUCUGUUAAAAAAACCACUGUCAACGCACUGAUGAAGGACCUGGUGGGACUCGAAAAGUCCGCGAAUUACUGUGUGUGGGUUGAAGCUUACAACAGUAAGGGAAGCGGCAAUAAAACAUCCCACAUCUGUGUAAACGCAAGUGAAGACGUUCCAAGUGGAGCUCCUAAACUCGAGGCUGAGAAGUUUUUUAGUCCAAACGCCAUCAAGCUCACGUGGCAAUUAUCAACAGAAAAGCUAUUUCGAGGGAUUAUAAUAAAAUACAAGAUAAACGUCACACAAACAAGAAAUGCUGACAAACCACCCACAGAUCCAUGGAAUAAAUUGAUCGACAUCAGUAAUUCAUCAGAAACGUCGUUCAUUCUUGUUAACCUCUCAUUGUUUUCUACCUAUGGGGCUCAAAUUUCAGCAUGUACUAUAGCAGGAUGUGGAAACUAUAGCAAUACAGUAUUUGCUGAAACCUGUCGCUGUCCAAAGUAUCUCUCUGCCUCCAAAAGCCAGUCAUCCUUGGACCAAGGAGGAAAUGAUUCAAAGAGUAUAGCAGACAUUAUCGCCAACACAGUAACAAAAUCAUGCGGGUACUGUCAAGAACACAAUGAAACUGUGCUGGUAUUUUCCAACAAGACUGAUGAAGAAUCUAAUCUUCAAUUUCCAGUCACAAGGACUGGUGCAAGAGGAAGUGAAUUCAGCAAGUUUAUUUCUGUAUUAGAGGUGCCUGGGGUGUUAGUUGUGAAGAGGCAGGACAAUGGUUCUUCUCGUUUCUACGAAGAAAUUAUGACUGGUUCUGUGUUUGAUAUCUGGCCAGUCUUUGUUGUGUCGCUAUUGACUGUUUAUUCAGCAGGUGUACUCGCUUGGUUUUUGGAUAGGGAGGAACAAUCCUCAUCUUUUGUCGCGGGAGUGUACGAAGGAUUCUGGUGGUCAUUCAUCACCAUGACAACAGUAGGUUAUGGCGAUCGUUGUCCAAAGUCUAAACCAGCAAGAGCGUUUGCAAUUGUCUGGUUACUUAUCAGUAUAGUUCUACUCUCAUUCAUCAUGGCCGCCAUGUCAUCCACUUUAACUGCUACAGUGGUUCGGUCACAGAAAAAGGACUUCAACAUCAAUCGAAACAGCAAGGCAGCAGCGGUAGCUAAUUCUCCAGAGUAUAAAUUGGCUGUGGGAUCACUCAGUGCCAAGUUGAAGCUCACCACAAAUUACUCAUCAGUAGAGAGACUCAUCAGAGCACUCAAGGAGGGCGAAGUUGACUAUAUUCUUGUUGACAUGUAUCUUCCUGUUAAACGCAAAGAUCUCUUCAAUGGCUCUUGGUUCGAAAUUGCAGCGCUGUACAAGGCAGAAAUAAGUCACGGGAUUCUUCUUCGGGGUGACGCCCUAAAACUCGCGUCUGCGUUGGAAGAGAUGAUAGCAUACGAUAACGUGCAGACUAAUUUUCUAAAAAACAGCAACGAUGACAAGGGAGCAGCUGAGUCGACAUCCAACGAGUAUCUGUUCUUCGAUCCGGCCAGUCCAUUUUACAAGCAAAUCAUAUUCGCGGGCCUGGGUAUCCUGUGCAUCUUCACAGUUUGUGGGCUGGUUUAUCAAAUGGUGUACACCAUAAACAGAAAAUGCCAGACGAGUGAACAGGAGACAGAGAGGGAUGAAAUCCAAAGGGAACUACAAAACUUGGUCGAUGAAUUUUACCGCUCUCUUCGUCAGAAGUAUGAAAGACUCAAGAAUAUGCACAAAAAGGAAUUACUUAAAGUGGCUCGUCAGGCUAGAAAUGAACUCGAAGCAUGCGCAGAAAAACGAAAUGAGGCUAUGGUCCCAUGACCAAGUUUCGCUCCAACAGCCACUUUCUACUAAUGUGAGCUUGAAUAUUCGCUUUAAACUUUAUUUCUUAAUCAAGACAACUUAACACUAAAAAGAGCAUCAAAUGCAUGUACAUUUAAAAAUGGAAAAGGGAUACGCUUGAGACAUGUCGAGUGGUAUGUGUCUGUUCAAAAAAAGGAUCACCUCGUAUUGACCACACCCUGCGGGCAAAUGGCACUAAGAGCGUGUACUGUAAAAAAAAUCUUCAA